UUUACCCUUCUUCACCGACUUCCCUUCUUUAUAUUCCCCCCUCUCUGCUCAUACUUACGACUUUUCAGUCAAUAUGGCCAAUAAUCACAAUCACUGUGUUCCAGAUUUCGAUAUUCAAAUGGACCACGACCACGAAUACCCUAUUCUCACGCCUUCAGCCUUACCUCGCCAAAAGAAACCCUCCAUUGCAGACGACGAUAUCAUGGAGCUGCUAUGGCACAACGGCCAGGUCGUGGUGCAGAGUCAGAACCAACGUUCUCUGAGAAAACUUCCGCCGGUGACCAACUCCCACGACGCCUCUCCCGCCGGUCCUUCAAUGGCGAGAGAGAUUCGACCGCUGGUGGAGAAUUUCAAUCAGCAUCUCUUCAUGCACGAAGGCGAAAUGGCUUCGUGGCUUCACUAUCCUAUCGACGACGACGAGCCUGCGUUGGAUCAAAGCUUCGGCGCCGAUUUUCUCUAUUCUCCGCCGACGACGGCUAACAACAGCAGCUUCAUGCAAACCCUCGGCCACACGUCUCAGCUCACGGAGCUCCGGCCGAUGUCGGCGAAUCCACGGCCUCCGAUUCCGCCCCCGAGAAGGCCGGAACAGAGGACGCCGAACUUCGCGUACUUCUCGAGGCACAACACGAGAGCCGCGGAGCCGAGCGUGAAGGCCGCCGCGAGGGAAUCCACGGUGGUGGAUUCGUGCGAUACGGAGGCGGCGGCUUCGAGAGUUUCGGAGACAGUAAGGAGCGCGGCGGAAGGAGGUGCCGGCGUUGCGGCGCCUUCGACGAGUGCCGGCGGUGGAAGGAGCACGAUGAUGUACGAUUUGACGAUGACGUCAUCGCCUGGCGGUUCGAGUAGCUGCGACGAGCCGGUUCAGGUAGCGGCGGCGGAGGAGGAUCGGAAGCGGAAGGGACGGGAGGCGGAGGAAUGGGAGUGUCAGAGCGAGGAUGUUGAUUUUGAAUCAGAAGCAAAGAAGCAAGUUUGUGGAUCAACAUCUACAAAGAGAUCCCGUGCUGCCGAGGUCCAUAAUCUCUCUGAGAGGAGGCGUCGCGAUCGGAUUAAUGAAAAGAUGAAAGCUCUGCAAGAACUUAUACCUCGUUGCAAUAAGUCGGACAAAGCUUCAAUGCUGGAUGAAGCAAUUUCGUACUUGAAGUCAUUGCAGUUACAAGUGCAGAUGAUGUCCAUGGGAUGUGGAAUGGUACCUAUGAUGUUUCCUGGAAUCCAGCAGUACAUGCCAGCAAUGGGAAUGGGGGUUGGAAUGGGUAUGGGUAUGGAAAUGGGAAUGAACAGACCUGUAAUGCCGUUUCCCAAUAUGUUACCUGGUUCGGCUUUGCCAGCGGCAACUGCAGCUGCUGCUCAUUUGGGACCAAGGUUUUCCAUGCCUCCUUUCCACAUGCCCCAUGUUCCUGCUCCUGAUUCAUCUAGAAUGCAAGCAGCAAAUCAGUCAGAUAAUAAUAUGGUCACGUCAGCUGGUCCACCUGAUCCAAAUCAGUCACGUAUCCCAAACUUCACUGAUCCUUAUCAACAAUAUCUUGGUCCCCACCAGAUGCAGUUCCAAUUAAUUCAGAAUCAGGCAAUGAACCAACCAAAUGUUAGCAAGCCAAGUAACAAUGGGGGCCCUGCGAAUCCAGAAAACCAUUAGUCGGGAGAAUAAAUGAUUCUUUGAUAGUUACAAUGAAGGGAUGGCUAUUCAAAUGGUGCGGCAAAUAAAUUGUAUAGCUUUAACCAGUAGCACUCACAAUGGUAGUGUGCAUUGUAAGUCCUGAAUACAUGACAUUGAGCAAAACAAGAUAACCAUCAUUAACAAUGGAUCGUGUGCUUUGCAGGUUAGAUUUUCCGGCUCCUAUACUACAGCUGCAAAGUUUUGUAGUGUUAAGAGAACGAACUUUUUAGCUGUUCUCAGUAGCAAGCUAAUCGAUACACGGCUAUCAUGUUAAUUAUUGCAACGAAGUUUUCUCCCUCUUUUAUCAUCCUUUUUUCCCGUUUUAAAAUUUCUCUUUUCGAGAUUCUUUGAUGUGGGAAGAGGAACUCGAUAGAUGGCACAAUAGAUGAACGUGCAUUCUACACCAAACGUGGAGGCCACUUACGUUUAGUCCAAUUCCUGCUUCAGAUUCUUGUUAUGUUCUUCAUUUACCAUCAAUUUUCUCCUAUUAGGCGUUACAGCAGCCUGUGAACCUCAUCGCUGUUAUUUAUGGAGUGAAAUUGAAGCAGUUCUUGAUCUACAUGCCCAGAUGGCUCUGUUACAAUGCACGAUGUGCUUAGUCAAUUAAAGAAAGGAAAUUGAAUUAUUAAAAAUUUAAAAUUUAUAGUACUACACAUAGCAGAAUUUGUACAAUAGACUGUGGGAUUAAGAGAUUACCAUAAAAGUUAUAGCUAUUUGUAUGGCGGGUGCGCCUCA